GAACCGCAGUUAAUAUACAAUAGUUUUUUAUAUGUAGUAUAUUGCAGCAGGUACUAACUGAAUGGAAGAUAAGUGAACAAAUUACUAAUUAAUUAGUUUUGGUCUAUCUGAAAAGAUGGUUGAUAUGGAAGUAACCCAGAUAUCGUAUUUACAAUGAAUCUGCGGGAUAGAGGAGAACAGAAAAAUUAAAUUUUUGUCACAAAAACUUUAUCUGGCAAUAAAUAAUUAGUUCCCAGAACUGUUUCCUUGUAUUUGCUUGGCCUCAAUAGGUUCCUCAUCCAUGUAUUUAACUAGGUCACUGUGAUUAGGGUUGGGGGUAUAAGUGUUGGCUGAAAGGCAGCAGGAGCAGCAGUACACUUACAUCCACGGCAAGCUUCCACAAGUGAACAGAGCACAUUUGUUCAAAGCACAACUUCACCCCUGCAUCUAUUACAGCCUACCUGUACCAUCUACAUUACCACACCUGCUCCUGGCACCAUAACACAUCUGCUCCAACGUAUACCUCUCUGGCACCACCGGCAGCGACACAAGUACAGCAGAAGCCACAGUUAGACGAACGACCAGCUGCACCACAUUAGCGUCACAUAUCAGCUGUACAGUCUUCAAUAUGACCAUGCGGCUGCUGCAGGUGUCGCUAUCGGUGGCGUGGGUGGCAGCGUUGCUCUGCGUCACCAGGGUCUCUGCUGGGACCUGUGACCCGGUGUGUACUGACUUGGCUCCUCGGAGUAAGACUGUGGAUCCUUAUGACUGUACUCGUUAUUACAUAUGUAUAAGCGACACUGAAUCGUCAACCGAUUCUUUCCCUUGUCCGGUUGGUACAUCCUUCAACAGUUCAACCCAUGACUGUACUGGUGCCCUCCCAUGUACAAAUACCUGCAAGCUACUCCCUUGUCCUACAACAUGCAAAAGCGACCCGGGCACGUUCCCUGACACAACGAAUUGCAGCAGCUAUUACAUUUGUACGGGCGGCAGUACUCUAGGGCCCUUUGAAUGUCCCACUGUCACACCUUAUUUUGACAGCGUCGCCCAAACCUGCAGUGGGAGCCAAUCCGUGUGCUGCAGCGACCCAUGUGUUGCCUACUGCCAGACCGGGGAGGUGCAGACCCAAGACCCCUUCGACUGUCACAAGUUCUACUACUGCAUCGCUGAUGGGCCAGUCGAUCCCCUGCAUCACGGUACUUGUCCUUCAGAAGCCAACUUUGAUGUUUCUGAGCAUAAAUGUGUAGCCGGCGCUGAUUGUAACACACUGUGUGAAGUCACCCCGGCUCCCGGAACUGACACGACACCAAAGGGUACGACAACCCCAGCAACAAGUGUGACCACCCCAGCAACAAGUGUGACCACCCCAACAACUACUAAGACCACCCCAGCAACGAGUACGAACACCCCAACUUCCACCAUUCCAACACCGACCACUCCAGGUUGCCUGGACUCUAUGACGUGUACAUCAAAGGGAUACUUCCCCAUGUGCACGACGUGUGUGCCUCAGUUCUUCGACUGUCGCUACGUCGGCCAGCCAGCCACCGUUAACACCUGCAUAGGAGACUUGGUCUUCAACCCGGACCCCGCCAACCCUUACUGUGUCUUGCCUGAUAAAUGUCCCUAUACACCCACUUUGACCUAGCCACCCACUUUUCAGAGUUUACCACCCACUGGCCUCUUCACACCACUCAGGAGUCUCACUCCACCACCCACGUAACUGUACAAUCAGUUACAUCACGGAACUACCACCAACAUAGACAACCACAUUCACCCCCAUA